GGACGUCACUUCCGGCCGCCGGCCUUUUUCCGCGCUACCCAGGGAGGGGUCCAUACGGCGUUGUUUUGCGUUCCCGUCGUAACUUAAAGGGAAACUUUCACAAUGUCCGGAGCCCUUGAUGUCCUGCAAAUGAAGGAGGAGGAUGUCCUCAAAUUUCUUGCCGCAGGAACCCACUUAGGUGGCACCAACCUUGACUUCCAGAUGGAACAGUACAUCUACAAAAGGAAAAGUGAUGGUAUCUACAUCAUCAAUCUGAAGAGAACCUGGGAGAAGCUUCUGCUGGCAGCUCGGGCCAUUGUUGCCAUUGAAAACCCAGCUGAUGUCAGUGUCAUAUCAUCCCGGAAUACUGGCCAGCGAGCUGUGCUGAAGUUUGCUGCUGCGACCGGAGCCACUCCUAUUGCUGGCCGCUUCACUCCCGGAACCUUCACUAACCAGAUCCAGGCAGCCUUCCGGGAGCCCAGACUUCUGGUGGUCACCGAUCCCAGGGCUGACCACCAGCCUCUCACCGAGGCGUCUUACGUUAACCUGCCUACCAUCGCUCUGUGUAACACAGACUCUCCUCUGCGCUAUGUGGACAUCGCCAUCCCUUGCAACAACAAGGGAGCUCACUCGGUGGGUCUGAUGUGGUGGAUGCUGGCCCGGGAAGUUCUGCGCAUGCGUGGCACCAUCUCCCGUGAACACCCCUGGGAGGUCAUGCCUGACCUCUACUUCUAUAGGGAUCCUGAAGAGAUUGAAAAGGAAGAGCAAGCCGACCCCACGGAAGAAGUGAGGGGGCAGUUUCAAGCGAAUGGACCACCUCAGCACCUGGACUCACUGCUUCUUGACCCCCGUGCCCUUGGGCAAGUUAUCUGGCUUCCAGUAGGAUGCAGGGACAGACACCGGCUGAUGUGGCAACAGCUGAUGCCCACAGGCUCCUCGGUGCGGGGGCCGCCUGGAGGUGAGAGGGGGCAUCUCUGUGCGUCAUGCUCCAGUUGGUGGGUCCCAGCAGUGGCCCUCGGGCUCCAGAACCCAGUGCAUGGCUUCUAUGGUCUCAGCUGCAGUCUUUUCUCCCUGAGAACAUGCACAGGCUUUCAAGGUCUUUAGAUCAGGAUGGUCAAG